UUGAAGUAGUUAGUCAAACUCAAACAUUGGCGCAUUACACACGUACAGUUUUCCGUGGGCCGAACGCAUGGAAGCGUGUAGUUUUGAUGCUCUCGCAUACGGUUUUUGUGUUAUUCAAAUACUAAAUGGAUUAGCGAUCAACAGUGAUGAAUUUAGAGGUGUGAAUAAAGAGACGAAAUUGUGCAAACCAAAAUACGAGUGUGAUUUUUAGGUUUUACGGAUAAGCAUAAUGCGUCAAAAGAAGGAAAAACAAUUCAUGUAAUAGCAAAGUGCACAACUGUAGAUUGUAAGUGAAGUCCAAAUACGCUAGAAUACUUGAAACAUCCAACAGUGAUAAGUGCACACGAUGAUGGGAAAACUACUUUAGCGGUGUCAUCAAAAAGUGAAGUUCUGUUCAAUCUUGACUGCAGAAGAUACUAACAGCAACUUUGAAAAAAUAAACAGAAAACGGAAAAUCUCAAGUUGAAAUUUUUCCCGGACUGGAAAAACUGCGAGGAUUUACCGCGGAAUAAUUGAAGUUCUAUUUCUUGCAAAGUGAAUGGUGUUAAGCUCUGCCCCUCGAAAAUGGAUGCCAACAAUUUUGUGAUGUCUUCCUACCAGUUCGUGAACUCGCUCGCCUCGUGCUACCCGAACAAUACCCAGAAUCCGAACAAUGCCCAAACGGGCGGUUCCGGUGCCGGCCAAAGUGAUGGCUAUUUUCCACCCUCGGCUUACACCCCCAAUCUGUACCCGGGCACGCCACACCAGGCGCACUACUCCAAUCCGCAGUCGUACAACCCGCUGGCAGCGGCGGGGACUGGAAACGUAAACAGCGGCUCGAGCAGUGGAGGACAUCAGUCGAGUGAAAUGGUUGACUAUACACAGCUACAACCUCAAAAAUUUCUUCUGAACCAGCAACAGCAGCAGCAGCAGCAACAAUCCGCUCUCAGUUCUCAGAGCUGUAAAUAUGCUAGCGAAGGUGGCAGUGCAGGUUCGAACGUAGGUAAUAACACUAGCAAUAAUAACAGCACCACCAGUCCACAAGACCUAAGCACGGCAGCCAACACUAGCAGCGGUGGGGGAGGUGGAAGCAAUCGGCCGGAUGUAUCGCCAAAAUUAUCCCCGAGCUCAGUGGUAGAGAAUGUGUCGCGAACAAUCAAAACGCCAUCAUCAAUUUGUUCUAGCAACACAAACAACAACAGUGGCAAUAUCAGCAAUCGAAAUCCAGUGAAUCAAGUGAAUUUACCUCUGGGCAGUCCGGAUGCCGAUGACUCCGAUGCGAGUGACGACGACAGCGGCACAGAGGGAGGAAGUUCCCAGGGAGGCGGCAGUGGUUCGAAAAAAGGAGGACCACCACCGCAAAUCUAUCCGUGGAUGAAACGAGUGCAUAUCGGCCAGAGUACCGUCAACGCCAACGGUGAAACGAAACGCCAGCGGACAUCGUACACGCGCUACCAAACCCUGGAACUGGAGAAGGAGUUCCACUUCAAUCGAUACCUGACCCGCAGACGACGAAUCGAAAUCGCCCAUGCCCUGUGUCUGACGGAGCGGCAAAUUAAGAUCUGGUUCCAGAACCGCCGGAUGAAGUGGAAAAAGGAACACAAGAUGGCAUCGAUGAACAUUGUUCCCUAUCACAUGUCACCGUACGGACACCCGUAUCAGUUUGAUAUUCAUCCGUCUCAGUUUGCGCAUCUCAGUGCAUAGGACGCGUGGCACUUUUCGGGUACUGGUUAGAGACUCAACCAGCUCUAUCAGGAACAAUAUCAGGGAUAUCAGAAUAAUCAGGAUAGCGUUCUGUUCGGUGGGAACACGACGCCGUCCGAUUCAACCAAGUAUAACCAAGAGUUUUGAUUAUCCCCGGACUGACAUGAGAAUUGCGCAAUUCUUGAAGCUCAGCUGCCGAGGAUCUGCAAAACCACUACUGCUUUGUAUAAUUGUGUACAGUAUAGUGAUAUUCCUGGUACAAACUGAUGUGAGCUGCCGUUGAGAUACUCAUCGCAUAAAAUGAAGUUGGAAAAUUCUUUCUUCGAUUUUACCCUGUAAAUCGUGUUCUGGCUCAGAACAAGUCCUAGUGUGUAAAUACAUGUGUCUGGUAAAUUCGAAGAAAGAAUCAAUUUAUCUUCUCUAAUCAGUAUUCGAAAAGCAAGCUCCGCGUAACGUGGAGCAUGUCUUCUAGCGUGUAAGAUACCCUAGAACGAUUAGGAAAGGCUCAAGCGUGGCAGCUCUUUGUCACACAGUAUUACCGAACCGAACCGAGCCACCCUAUCUCGAAAGGGAUGGUACACAGUACGCCAGUGAUAAUAGAGUGUGAGAAAAAUUUGCCCCACAACUUGCAGCUCGCUUGAUCGCUCGUUCCCAUAAUUUUGCCAACCGCCGCGCCGCCUGCAUACACUUGCAUAGAAGCUGAUUGCCGCCUCUAUAGGACUCGAUAUAGACGUUAGCGAAGACUCCAACCGAAAGAUUUUGUCGGACUUGUUUAUGGUAAUGUUAUGGGAAACAAAGCAUACAAUGAUGAUAACACACACAAAAAUCGUACUCGUUCAGCUUUCCAUUUUGUUGCCAAUUUCAAUAGUGUAGUAAUGAGUCCUUUCUAUUCCUUUUAUUUUUCCGUUCGUUCGUUCGUAAACUACUUAUAGUUAAGUUCGUUCUUUUUUUUUUGUCGCGGGAAUAGUGGAGAAAUUUUAUUUUAAACAAUAACGAAUGAUAUUGAUCUGAGAUACGACACUUAAUAAAUUAUAUUUCAAGAGUUAGGCUCACACUCAUUACAACAUGUGUACAUAUGAAGCUAUUGACAUUUUCUAAUUUAUUUAAUUGAAUAAUAGUACUAUUAUUAUGAGUAGGGUUAAGUAGUUAAAUAACAACCAGCAAGAUGCAAUAUUCAAGUUUGGUAUAAUCCAAUUUUUUUAAUCGCAGAAAAAAAAAUCUAGUAUUUUAGCGGAUCUAUUUAUGUUUAUAUAUUGUUUAUCCGACCUUUCCGAAGCUAGCUUUUGUUACCUAUAUUAUGGAUCAGAAAGUCUCCGCGCAAUUGCAGGCUGUAUUGCUACAAUAUCGACAAAUUCGGAUUACACAGGGAUUAUUUAAAAAAAAAAGCAGUGCAUGACCUUCUCUAGAUGUUCAAAAUUUAUUACUCAUGGUUUUAAAAUCAGUCGUCAGUCGCCAAAUGAAUGGUGGUCACAUUCGGUGGUUAAUGAUUUUUCAAAACAAAGCUAUAAACGAGUGUAACUGUAGAGCCCUAGGACUUAAUAAACAAUUCUGUUUGAAACUACUGCAAUAAGCAAAUGUUAGCCAGCAAAUGGAAUUAAUAAAAAUUAAAAUGCAUAACAUUCCGAGAUGACACUAUUUUAACAUUUGAAAAAAAGGAGGUAGUUUGAAGUUUUGUAUAAAAUAAAAUAUUGCGGCAUUGAGAAACCGAUGAAUCUUUUCGUGAGGAAGAACAAACUGUUAUUGCAAUGUCAAAGCCACGCCGCCGAUGACGAUGCUGAUGAUGACCUCUGAAUAUUGUAUCACUGUAGAAGCUGCGUUCAUUUCUGUUCCGGACUAACUACCGAUCAAUUAAUCGAUUAAAUACAUGGAGCAUGAGAUUCUAUUUCAUUUUGUUGACCUGCUCUCCUGGCUGGGUGUGUGAUCAAUGUUGAACAUUGUAUAAUUCAGGCUGAUUCCGAGAGAGACUGCUGUUGUUGUGGUGUUUAAUCGUGAUCCGACGGUUUUGUGAUAGUUUGAAAGGACUCCAAUCAUCUUGACCUAAGCAAGCACCGUACUUAACACCAAUCCAUUGUUGAGUUGAUUAAAAAUCCAUACAGACAGUAAGGAAUGAUUCACGAUUUAGCUAUUUGUUACCUCUUUCGAUGAUUGGCAACAUCAAUCAACAAACUAGGAUCAUGGUUUACAUUUCAGUAAAAGCACACAAAACAAACAAAAAA